AUGCAGUCGGACUCCUCUCCUCAACCCCCACUAGGAAAAAACAGGCCAGAGAGGGCGUGUGAUGCUUGUCGUCGUAGAAAGACGAAAUGUGAUGGACCGUGGAUGCCCAACAGGCACUGCACAAAUUGUCACCAGGCCAACAAGCCAUGCACUUAUGUGGAAGCCUCAAAACCCAGAGGUCCUCCUAAAGCGUACGUUGUUGGAUUGGAAGAUAGGGUAGAGGAGCUGGAGGCCUUGUUGAAUCAGCUUCACCCCAAUACCGAUUUUUCAGGGCAGCUUGGACCACCAGUCAUCCGUGGCUCAUGGAAGACGCCAGACAACUCUGCUGUCAACGAAAGCCAGCGUCAACCCUCGUAUUCCCUGCGUAGUUCUGGUCGGAUGCAACGCAUGGCAUCAUUCCCGGCGCUCUCAUCAUCCAUACCCGCAAUUCACAUUCCCCCCACAGUCCAGAAGCAACCCGAAUCGUUUCCUCUCAAGCGUACCACACAUCUCAUGUUCAAACCAAAUCCACGCGUCAGGCGUACACGCUCAGAAACCACUCUUUCUUCUGCCGCAUCCUCGUCUUGGAGAGGAAAAUAUCGCACGACACCCUCCUCAAUGAGUUCGUCAGAAGAUGACGACGCGUCGUCAUCAUACAACACCGACUCAGAGGAAGUAGUUGUCGUCGCCAUGGAAGGCAAACGACCUAUUCUACUCAAGGCUAGCGAAAAGGCCGGUCCGGAUGAGGAUAAUAGUAUUAGGUUCCACGGAAGGAACAAUACAGCGGACCUCGUAGAGACUGCCAGGAUGUUCAAGAAAAUGCACCUGGAAGAGACGACUGGAAAAGAACAGGCGGGCGAACCGCCUGUCGCCCCAGGUGGCGUCUCCAGGCGGCCGGAGUUUUGGCGGACACCAAAGUGGGAACUUGUAUACGAAGGCAACAACGAAGACACCCCUUCCCUGCUUCCUUCCGCCCUGGAACACUUUCCCCCAUCAGGUCUAGCCGAGACUCUGAUAGAUCUUUAUUUCCUCCAUACAAACUUGAUGUUUCCGCUUUUACAUCGACCGACGUUUGAGAGGCAGUGGGCAGAGGGAUUGUAUCAUCGGAACGAAUGGUUUACGUGCUUAUGCCUAUUGUUAUUCGCCGUCGCUAGUCGCUGGUGUGAUGACGAGAGGGUCCUUCCUGAGGAGGAGCGAGGGAGAGGAGAAGAUGGCGAUACACCAAGAAGUUGGAUAAAUGCAGGCAGAAAAUAUUUUAAAGUCGGAGAUGAACUACAUCGCCACCGGCGAAGUACUUUGCUAUCUGCCACGUUAUUCGAGGUGCAAACAUUUUCCUUGUUUGCUCUGUACCUCUGUGGUACUCGAAUGCAAUCCGCUGCAUGGCUUACUGUCUCUACCGGCUUGCGCAAAGCACUAGAUGUUGGUGCGCAUAGAAAAAAGAUUUAUAGAGGGUCACCUAACUCAGAUGACGAACUGUGGAAGAGAGCAUUUUGGAUUCUCGUGGUAUUUGAUCGGCUUUGUGGGGCUCAUUUUGGGAGGGCUUCGGGAAUAGCAGACGAAGAUUUCGAUAUAGACCUCCCCUUGGAGGUGGACGACGAAUACUGGGACAGUGCCUACGACUUCAAGCAACCUCCAGCAGUGCCCUCCAAGAUAUCAGCUUUCAACCAAUUUAUCAAGAUAACACAAAUCAUGGCUUUCACGCUGAGGACUGUGUAUGCGGUCGACACAUCCAAAGUAUUUAAUGGAUUGAUACUAGGCGAUUGGCGGAACGAGGUCAUUCAACAAUUGAACACGGCCAUGGAAGAGUGGUCAGCAGGGGUUCCUGAACAUCUCAAGUGGUCAGAUAAAAUGACAAACAUCACGUUCUCUAGUCAAGCUGCAACCAUCCACUCACUAUACCACCUGACACAGCUACUCAUCUACCGACCCUUCAUCCCAAAUCCGAUCCUUUUUCCUUCACUCAACAAUUUGGCUCUGCGCCUACCGACCAAAUCAAGGUACUUUCGCUACCCGGCGUUGACGUUAUCCAUAUCUGCGGCAAAGUCCUGUGCCCGUAUCAUCAAAGCACAGAGACGCUUUGGCUUGGAGGGAGUACAUGUGCUGAACUUGAUACACACAUCUUGUUUGUGUGCGUCGACGUUACUUUUAGGUGUAUGGGACCUGAAGACUCAACAGAGGGCCAUGAAGCAGAAGGGAGCAAAUUUAGAAGACGUGAAGCCCCCAUUGGCGAUGCAAAUUGAGGAUCUUAUGAAGGAUAUACAAGUGUUAGUGGAUGCACUUGAAUGGGUCAAGCCUAGAUGGGAAUUCGUUGAACCCUUCUUGUCAAAAGUUAGGGAAUCCUUACCUGAUGAUCAACACAUCAGCUCGCCUUCCAUGACCUCGACGUCGCGGCCCCACGAGCAAACCCAAACGUCUACAGCCGAGCUACGUCUCUCUUUUCCUGUAAUGAAACAAGUCCCUAGCAACAUGCACUGGCCUUCCACCUCUCCAACUCUCCAUGUUUUACCAUCACCAUCUUCUUUGCACGCUGGCGCCGUGUUCUCGCGCCUACCUUCCCCCCACAUGCCACCUCCCCCAGAUCCCAACCUCUUCUUGAAGCAACAGCACCAGGAACUGCAUUCAUUCGCAGAUGUUAAUUCGGCAGAAGACGAGCAACAAAUAACAUUACCUCUGGUCAACCAUCCACUGUUACCCCGGUCACAACGGGCCGGUAGAUAUGCAAAAGAUUGGGAUCAUCCCAAUGGGAGAGGUCGAACCAUUUCUGCCUCCAUUGUUCCCGUGUCCGUUCCCUCUACUAGUUACGACCAGCCCGUUUCGUACAAUGGACACAGCCUCAGGCGGACGUGGUCGUCGGGCUCUCUGGAUGGGAGAAGGGUCCAUGCUGACAGGGGGAGGGAAAAGCUGCUGCGACGACAGGGUUCUUUCUCUUCAAUGAUGUUGUCGUCCUCGUAUCCUUCUGCUCCUGAUGUGAUCGUGUGCGAUGACAUCAAUAUGCACGAGCCUCUACUUUUGCCACAACAAUAUUCACAGCGCUUACGUAUGGACUCGGUCAAGCAUUCCAACCCCCCUCAUCCUGCUAUCCUAAGCCAGCAAGAAUUUGGCAGAAGAGUAGAAACAUGGGACGACAGCUCUCGCCAUGGACUCUCCAGGCAUGGUGACUAUUCUUUUCGCUCAGCAAGCGGGAUGGAUCGUCCGAACUUGAUACAACCUUCGACUUCACGGACUACCGCACCUCAUUUUUAUACGGGACAAAUACCCCCGGAUUCACUACACCUAGCACAUCCUCCGACACAACAUCCUUACCACUAUCAGCCCUCUACAACAUAUGCUCAAUAUCACCAUCCUUCAUAG